UGUUUGUAUAGUGUCUCCUUUAAAAUGAUCCUCGAAAAUGAAGCAUUUGCAAUUCACGUUGAAGACGAUCUAUGAAGGACCCAUUUGGCUUGAAAUCUUCAGCUGAAGUUAUGGAGGCCACAACAUAACCGACGUUUUGGAACACAGAGAUAGUCAGUACACUUGCGGUUCGGAAAUGUCUCUCAGACUCGCGUUUGUCGCAAACCCAAUUGCAUUCAGCAAAGCAGUUUACAUUUUUGCCGGAUUGUGUUUUGCAUGGCUCGCUCGUUCAGAAGAUUCUUGCAGGAUUCUGAAGUUCACCGAGCCCAUGGCGGACAACGCGUUACGAAAUCACGUUAUACAGUUGGUACAAGUCAAUGAUAAAGAUCAGUGUGAACUACUCUGUUAUUUGGAGCAGACGUGCCUGUCUUUCAAUUUUGGAUCGGGGAAUUGUGAACUUAGUAACUCAGAUCAUUAUCAACAUCCGGCAGAUUUGGUUUCCAGGAUAGGUUUCUCGUAUCAUCCAACAGCUAUACUUUGCAGCGGCUUACUUUGUCCACCAGCUUCAUCCUGUUUACCAAAUCACCAAGGAAACCUUCGUUGUGUUUGUCCUGCUGACUGGCCUAAUGCAACUAACUGUGAAAGAGAUGCCGAUGAAUGUUCCCUUGGAACGCAUGACUGUUCCGCUGACGCGUAUUGUAAUAACACCGUGGGCUCUUUUAAGUGUACUUGUCGGACAGGAUUCACAGGAGACGGCAGAAAAUGUCGAAAUGUCGAUGAAUGCUCCCUUGGAAAACAUAACUGUUCCGCUGACGCGUUUUGUAAUGACAACUUGGGCUCAUUCACUUGCACUUGUGCGUUGGGAUUCUUAGGCGAUGGCAGAACAUGUCAAAAUGUUGAUGAAUGCACCCUUGGAACACAUAACUGCUCUACUGACGCGAUUUGCAUUGACACCGUGGGCUCAUUUAAUUGCACAUGUAGGACAGGAUUCACAGGCGAUGGCAGAACAUGCCAAAGAUUUCCUUUUUACUGGACACUUAAUGGAUCUGAUCCGUUCAUAAGUUUAUACAAUGGUGCUUCCUAUCAAAAUACUGAUGGCAGGAAAGUGCUGUACUUGAAUGGAUCCUGGCAUUCCUACGCAGAAACCCCAGCACUCCCGAUCCGAGCUAUCAGCUUUAGUAUCAUGUGUUGGAUAAAGGUUUUGAGCCUUCCAAGUAAUCUUCCAGUUUAUAUCUAUUCCGACUGGUCAGAACCGCAUCAGUUCAGAAUCUUUAUUCAACGAAGUUAUCUAAUUUGUGCUAAUCUUCGAAAACCUAGUGGACUUGAUCGGGUUUAUCUCUGUGCUGGGAAGAUCAUCCCCAAUGAAUGGAUGCACGUGGCGCUCACUUGGAGCCGAGAGAAGAAAGAGGGAAUUCUGUACAUUGAUGGAAUUAUACAAGGUAUCCAGAGAGUUUCUGAUGGUCUUUUAAACCAAAAAAAUAGUCAUACAGUUUUCGACAUUGGGUUGAAACGAGACAACACGCUUAGACCGACAUUUGAUGGGUACAUGAGAGAUCUUCUAGUGGUUGAUAAAGCGUUAUCAGGAGAUGAAGUGAAAUACAUGAAAGACAUACUUUAAGGUAGAACACGCGGUGU